AACACUCAGACCACCAUUAAGCUCUUCCAAGAGUGUUGUCCUCAUUCUACUGACAGAGUGGUGCUUAUUGGUGGAAAACCUGAUAGAGUCGUUGAAUGCAUCAAGAUUAUCUUGGAUCUUAUCUCUGAGUCUCCAAUUAAAGGACGGGCCCAGCCUUAUGAUCCCAAUUUCUAUGACGAAACAUACGACUAUGGUGGCUUCACAAUGAUGUUUGAUGAUAGAAGGGGACGUCCAGUAGGCUUUCCAAUGCGUGGAAGAGGAGGCUUUGAUCGAAUGCCCCCUGGUCGUGGUGGACGACCUAUGCCUCCAUCAAGAAGAGAUUACGAUGAUAUGAGCCCUCGCAGAGGACCUCCACCGCCUCCACCAGGCCGUGGUGGUAGAGGCGGCAGCAGAGCUCGUAAUCUUCCUCUUCCUCCUCCACCACCUCCUCGUGGCGGAGAUCUUAUGUCCUAUGACCGAAGGGGCAGACCAGGAGACCGUUACGAUGGCAUGAUGAUGCAGUGUCAUGUGGAUGCCUGUGAUGACAUGCAGCCGCCGGAGCUGUUCGAAGGUGGCUCUGGAUAUGACUAUUCUUAUGCAGGGGGGCGCGGCUCAUACGGAGAUCUUGGUGGACCCAUCAUCACAACACAAGUAACGAUUCCCAAAGAU